CUCGCACAAACCGCGGCGACCAUGGCCGCCGCCUCCUCCUCGCCGGAGCCCUCGCCGCCGGUGGGGACCGCUUCCCCGGUGCUCAGCGUGCGAAUCGUCUCCCUCGACUACUACAUGGCGCCGCCCCUCCCCGGAUUCGACUUCUCCUACAGCCAGUUCCACGGCGCGGAGGUGGAGGAGGUGCCGGUGAUCAGGAUCUAUGGCUCCACUCCCGCGGGGCAGAAGACUUGCCUCCACAUCCAUCGGGUCCUUCCGUUUUUGUAUGUACCUUGCACAGAGGACUUUCUUCAUGACAUCGAAAAAGGUAAUUCAUAUAUAUCUGGUCUACUGAGUGACCUUGAGAAAGCUUUGCAGUUUCGUGGCUCAUCAAAAAAGAAGCAUGUGCAUGGAUGUACCCUUGUUCGAGCAAAAAAGUUGUAUGGCUAUCAUACAUCUGAGGAGCUUUUUGUGAAGAUCUACUUAUAUUAUCCUCGUGAAAUUUCUCGAGCUGCAGCCCAUCUGUUGGAUGGUGCUGUUCUUAAUAGAGUAUUCCAACCUUAUGAGUCCCACAUUCCAUAUCUUCUUCACUUUUUGAUUGACUACAACUUGUAUGGAAUGGGCUAUGUACAUGUCACAGACUUCAAGUUCCGCACUCCAUUGCCAGAUGAUUUUCGUCCUAAGUCAUCUCUUCACUGCAAAGUGGACUGUUCCACUGAAUCAGGGCAUAGGGUACAUCAGGAUAACGUAGCAACUAGAAAGCCAACAGUCUGGAUAUCUUCAACAGUACCACAUUCUUUAGUACUGGGCAAUUCAGCCACUUACCGUUGCAUGGAAGGAACAAAUUGGAACAUAGCUAAUCGACAUAGUUCUUUGAUGCUUGAAGCUGACGCGAGAAUAGAAGGCAUCCUAAAUGAAAAGUGUAAGAUGUACACUUCCCUUUCACAAGCUACUGCUGAUAGCAAAAUGGUUCGGUCACUUUUAUCAAUUUGGGAGGAACUUGAGCACUUAAGAUUGCUGGAAGAACCAAAACCUGUUGAUAUGGGCAGCAGGCCUUUGCAGGAUGCUGUUCUUAGAAGUUUUCUUCAUGGUAUUAAAUAUGAGAGCGCCCUUUCUAUGUUGUGUCCAAAGGAGGAAAUGUCCUAUCACAAAGUUCCUACCAUGGAAGAAUCUGAAAAGCAAGAAGAAUGCUUAAAAUCAUUGAAUGACAUUAUUGGGACUAUCACAUUUUCACAGAAUGACUACUACUCUAUUAUCGAUAGUGAUAAUUCUGCGGGCACUCAAGAGGAGAAGCAUAUCACAAAUGUUGCAUGUUUAGAGUCAUCGAAACAAGUAUCUUUUGAGAGAAACAGUCAGUGCCCAGUGUCAUCAUCUGCUGCUCCAAGAACAUCAUCUCAAUUUGUAUUUGAAGAACAUGAAAAGCGUGUGGAUGCUGAAGCCCUUGGCCUUCUAGGCUGGCUGGCCUCCUCACAAGCUGCAGAGGAACCAACAACUGAUGAUGAGUUAGUCAAUGAAGCCAUUCUCAGCCCUUUGUUUUCCAAGAAGUCCAUUGCAGUUGCCUUAGAGUCUGCGCAGCUGGAUUUUGAUGGUGCUUCUCAGCAGGAGUGCCAGGAUAUUCUUGAUUCAAUUGAACCUGUGAAUGGAGAAGAACAGCCAAAUGAUCAGAUGUCUUCCCGCAAUUCUGUGAAGAUCGAUGAGAGUAGUUCGGUGAGCAACAGUAUUCCUCAGCUUGAUGGGUCAUCUGAUGAAAACCAAGAAGUUCCGCAGGAAGAUGGUAAGUGUAAAAUCAGCAGGAAAAGGGCAGAAUUGCCUAGUUACUCAUCUCCUCAAAGUAGUUCAAAAGCUAGUAAGCGUGGAGGAAAUGAACUUCUCUGGGGCUCUUUGCCACUUUCCAGUAAAAAGAUGUCAGGCAUAGAUGUUGAUGGUCAUGUUAAAACCUCUUCAAGUUGUGCAGUGCCAACUAAGAAGGGGCUAAGUGCUUCUUUCAUGAGUAGAGAUGGAAAGAACUCUCGUGAUACCACAGAUAAGGUUGACACAGAAUCUUCUACUCCAACAGGUGAACAUGACCCACCGUGUCAUUCUGUGAGAGACUUGAUGAGGAGGAGGAGAUCUUUUCGGUCUGAUCAAUUGGAAGUUGGUAAUUCCGGAGAUGCAACACACAUCAUUCAUAAAGAGAAUGAAAUUGUGAAUUCAGAGAGACUAGAAUUGCAUGAUCUGUCGAGUGAUCUUAAUUCUGAAAUGAAUUGUUCUGGUGGUCAAUAUUUGCAUAUGACCUUUGCACAGAAGCCUCCAAUGAAGAAUGAAGUAUUAUGUUGUUUGGAGGGCUCUUCAGCAGGCAGUGAGCUGCCUCAAUCUUCUAAACUGGGAUUGGUUGAUAUUCCUCCGUAUUUCAAUCAGAAUGCUGAAGAGAAUAAGAAAAAAGAAGCAUUUCAACACAUGGAAAAUAGCGGGUUUUCAUGGGAUACAUUGGGUGUUCCAAUUCAUUUCCAAAAUGAUGGAUCAGCCGUAUAUUUGCUGACACAUGCAUUUUUGCCACCAUCCGCGGUAGCCGUGGGCCAGUGGUUAACCCAAAAAUCUUCUUCUGUUAGUGCAUCUGGUGCAGGUCAUUCGAAUUAUGGCGAGAAAGUAUUUGUUGAUCAGGAAGGACCAAACAAUUCUGCUCUUUCACCAUAUAUGGGAGGUCCUGCUUUGAUGGAAGAUUCUCCUGCACCCAAAUUGGCUUUGGAUCAUACCACUACAAUGUUUACUGAUGAUAUAGUUAUGAUGGAACCAGAUCCUUCCAACCAAGAAAUUAAAAAUCUGGGUGACGGGCAUGACUAUUCCCAGAUCUCAGGUGGAGACGAGAGGGAUAAACUCACACCCCUCAGUCAAAUUGGAUUCCGAGAUCCUGCUAGCACCGGUGGUGGACAACAAUUGACUAUAAUGAGCAUAGAGGUAUUAACAGAAAGCAGAGGAGAGCUGCGUCCUGAUCCACAAUUUGAUGCCAUAAAUGCUGUAUCACUGGCCGUUGAGGAUGAUGUUGACAAUUCUAUUGAAGCUCAUGUGCUUAUACGUGGAAACAAUGACAAUUCACACAGGAGGAGAAACCUGGACGGAGUCGCCCAUUGCAAUGUAAAUGUAUUUCAUGGAGAGAGGGAACUUUUGAACCAUCUUAUUAAUGCAAUAUGUUCAAUUGAUCCAGAUAUUUUAGUUGGAUGGGAGAUUCAGUUAGGAUCUUUAGGAUUCCUUGCUGAAAGAGCUGCUCAUCUGGGUAUAGGCUUACUGAAAAGAAUUUCAAGGACGUCACCGCAUCAGAUGAAACAUCCACCUAUGAACCCAGUGGACGAAUCUAGUCAGGAGCUUCCUGGAGCAUCUUCUGCUCCUGAUGUUAUUGAUGAUACUAGUGAUAACAAUUGGAGUUAUACACAUUCUAGUGGUGUACAUGUUGAUGGAAGAAUCAUAUUGAACUUAUGGCGUCUCAUGCGUGCAGAAGUUAAGCUUAAUAAUUACUCCCUUGAGGCUGUAGCUGAUGAAGUUUUGAGGAGGAAGAUACCAUUAAUACCAGCCAAGAUAUUGAAUAGAUGGUUUGCAACAGGUCCUGGACGAGGAAGAUACCGAUGCAUAGAAUAUGUUAACAACAGAUCUUAUCUCAACCUUGAAAUAUUGAAUCAACUUGACCUGGUAAACCGGACAUCUGAACUUGCCCGUGUAUUUGGUAUUGAUUUCUUCUCUGUUCUUUCUCGAGGUUCCCAGUUUCGUGUUGAAUCUAUGCUCUUGAGAUUGGCUCAUACACAAAACUACCUUGCAAUUUCCCCAGGAAAUCAACAGGUUGCUUCUCAGCCAGCCAUGGAAUGCUUGCCACUUGUAAUGGAACCAGAGUCAGCUUUCUACUCUGACCCAGUUGUUGUAUUGGACUUCCAAUCCCUUUAUCCCUCCAUGAUAAUAGCAUAUAACUUAUGUUAUUCCACAUGCUUGGGUAAAGUUUUCCCAUCGAAGUCAAGUAUACUUGGUGUCAGCUCGUAUUCAGCAGAUCCACAGAAAAUCGCUGACCUGAAAAAUCAGCUGCUGCUGACUCCAAAUGGUGUCCUGUACGUGCAACCGGAGGUGAGGAAAGGUGUGCUUCCUCGUCUUCUGGAGGAGAUACUAUCAACACGAAUUAUGGUGAAGCAAGCAAUGAAGAAGUUGUCUGCAUCUCAGAAGGUUCUGCAGAGGAUUUUCAAUGCACGCCAACUUGCUCUGAAGCUGAUAGCUAAUGUAACAUAUGGUUACACAGCUGCUGGAUUCAGUGGUCGUAUGCCUUGUGCAGAGCUUGCAGACAGCAUUGUCCAGUGUGGACGUAGAACACUUGAAACAGCCAUAUCAUUUGUCAACCAGCACCCUUUAUGGAAGGCUAGAGUUGUAUAUGGUGAUACUGACAGUAUGUUUGUUCUUCUAAAAGGGCGUUCUAGGGAAGAAGCAUUUAGAAUAGGAAAGGAGAUUGCCUCUGCAAUAACUGCGAUGAAUCCGGAUCCAGUCACAUUAAAGUUUGAGAAAGUUUAUCAUCCAUGUUUUCUUCUUACGAAAAAAAGAUAUGUUGGCUAUAGCUAUGAGAGUCCAGAACAAAAAGAGGCAAUCUUUGAUGCAAAGGGGAUUGAAACAGUGCGGAGAGAUACAUGCCCAGCAGUUGCAAAGAUUUUAGAGCAAUCUAUUAGAAUAAUGUUUGAAGAACAAGACUUAACCAAGGUUAGGUCAUAUUUGGAUCGUCAAUGGACACGGAUAUUAUCAGGGAAAGUUUCUAUUCAAGAUUUCAUUUUUGCUAAGGAAGUUCGACUGGGUACUUACAGUGGAAGGGCUUCCUCACUGCCACCUGCAGCUAUUGUGGCAACAAAAGCAAUGCUGUCCGAUCCUCAGGCAGAACCUCGCUAUGCAGAGAGAGUGCCAUAUGUUGUAAUCCAUGGGGAACCAGGGGCCCGGCUUGUAGAUAUGGUUAUUGAUCCUUAUGGCCUGCUAGAAGUUGGGUCUCCAUACAGGUUAAAUGCAUUGUAUUACAUAAUCAAACAGAUUAUCCCUGCACUGCAACGUGUGUUUGGACUCGUUGGUGCUGACCUAAAUAAAUGGUUCAGUGAGAUGCCUCGCCCAAUAAGGGAAACACUUGCUAAACGUCAGUCUGUUUCUGGUCAUGAUAGCAGUUUCAACCGGUUAGGGUUAAAUAAGAAAUGGUACAGCAAAGGAAGCAGGAUAGAUACUUACUACAUGUCAAGCCACUGUACAAUUUGUGGUGAAAUAAUUCAAGGAUCAGACACCUUGUGCAACAACUGCUUGAGAAAUGAAGCUGUUGUUGCGACAGUAGUUGCUGGCAGAACUUCAAAAUUGGAGCGGGAAAUCCAACAUCUUGCUGCUAUAUGUGGUCAUUGCGGUGGUGCAGAUUGGAUUGUUGAGAGUGGGGUGAAUUGCAUUUCCCUUGCAUGCCCAGUGUUCUAUGAGCGGAGAAAGAUUCAGAGGGAGUUGAGGGUUGUUUCAGAAUCAGCAGGGGAAUCUGGAUAUUAUCCCUUCUGUUGUGCAGAACUCUUCUGAAUUUGCAUUUCUUUGCUCAUAUCCUGUAUAUGCUGUAAAUUUGUAAUAUCUACAAUAUAUGAUGGGGUGUAAUUAUUUUGUUGUAACAUUGUACAAUUGUAUAACAUGUGUUUAUGAAGUAAAUUUAAUUGAUAAUGAUGCAAAUCCAA